UAUUUUUUAAAAUCGAUUAAUUUUUUUUUUUUUUAUCCGACACGACAACAAAGUUUGAUAAUUUUCUCCCUCCUUUUUUUUUUUUUUUUUUUUUUUUUGCCGCUGUUUGUAUCACCCGCUCUUUGUAUCACCCCCACCACUCUGUCCGAUCUGCUUCGUCUGGCACAAAUGGACACAGCAACGCUUGUGGACGCCUCGCCGGUGGCGGUGUCGUCGCCGACGUACUCUGCGAGCGGCAGCAGCGUUCUUCAGAAGCAGCACGCUGCUCCUUCUACUUUUGCCCCAGCCAGCCAGCAACGCUCGCCUCCCCCAGCCUCAUCGCAGCUGCGUCCACCCACCGCGACACCCAUCUGCGCCACGUCCACCUCGACCAUCCUGAUGGAGCUCGGGCUGGCAGGCACCGCGAUGGUCGACCCGCCGCUGAUGGGGACCGUGACGACAGACUCGAUCAGUAGUGACCCUUCACCCUUGAUUGCUGCUGCUGCUGCUGCUUCUGCUGCGGGUCUGGCCCCUCCGUCCGCCUCCUCCUCCGCCAUGCUGAUGGCAAAUUCAAAUGCAAACAGGGAGUACAACCAGCUGCUCAUCCAGCAGCACCAGCAACAACAGCACCAACAGCAACAGCAGCAGCAGCAAUUGCUCAUCGCGGGUGCACCUUCCUCAUCGGGACGUAGCCAACCGCAAGGCACACCUUCACCGCCCCUCUCUGCUACCACUACUACUACCACCACGACUGCUGCACCCUUCCAGCACCAGCUGCUGCAGAGCACCACAGCUUUCAACAACAGCGCAACCUCAUUUAUGGCGGAUGCGCUGGCCUCGGUGGGUGGCAGCACGGCUUCGUUUGGCGGUGAUCCGGCCGGCGAACAAUUGGUUGAUCCCACGACAAUGCUGCUGGCCCAGCAGCUCAACCUCGCGACAUCGCACCCGCAGGUGGUGGCACAGAUGCAGGUGCUGCAGCCCGCCGAGCGAGAACGCUACCUCAAGCAGCUGACCUCGUGGGUGGAGCAGCAAGUCCUCCAGCAGCUGUUGGUCCAGCAGGCGCAGCAAACAGACCAAAUCGAGCAGCAGAUGCAAGCGCAGGUCGCGAGCAUGCCGUCGUCCAACCCGAGUGCCGGGGCUGCGGCGCUCCGAGCGUCCCUGAACAAGCGGAAAGCAAACGCGAUGGCCAUCUCCGACGCCGAGCUCGACUUUGCGCAGUUUGGCGCGGUGAGUCAGCUGCUCUCCCCGACCACCACCGCCUCCACCAGCAUUGCCUCGGUCAGCCCUGGAGGGCGGACGGCGUCGUCCUUGACUUCGACUGCCUCGCUGAGCCCGGCGUCGGCCGCGUCCAUCUACGCCAUGACCCAGUCCGGUUUCCCUGGCGACGACCCGGCCUCCUUGUUUGGCGACGCGCUGUCCGGCUCUGGCUUGCACAGCGGCAGCGGUAGCGACUCUGACACCAAGGCGCCCAAGUCCGCCUCCAAGCAGGGCAAGGUGGCCAAGUCGCACCAACAGCAGCGGUCGGCGCUCGACGAGCUCGACGAGCUGUCCGACCUGGACGCCUACCUCGAGGACGACGAGUCCAACUUUGGGGCACCGUUCAGCGCGACCAACUCCAAGGCAGCCGCAAACUCGCGCAAGCGAAUUUCGCACAUUGCCUCCGAGCAGCGUCGCCGCAACGGCAUCAAGCUCGCCUUUGAGCACCUGCGCGAUCAAGUCCCCUCGUGUCGCCCUCACGAUGCCAAGGCCAUGAUUCUCCGAAAGGCGGCAGACUACAUUUCCGCACUCAAGAAGGAGCGCACCGACCGCGGUGAGGUGGACGACACCACCGAGCUCCGCAAACGCGUCAAGUUUGCGACCGACUUUAUCGCGUCGCUGACCAAGCAGAAGGCGCAGCUCAAGGACCAGCUCGACCAGUCUCAAAUCCGCAUCUCUGCGCUCGAGAAUGCUCUGGCAUCAGGCAUCGCUGGCGAUCGCCUCGAGUCUCGCAAGCGUCACAUUUCUGCUGGCCCUUCCGGCGAGCCUUCCAAUCAGUGGCCAACCCUCGACGACGGAGCCUCCGCCAUGUCCGGCUAUGGCGCCUCCAAUGGCAUCGCCGGCAGUCGAAACUCGCAGCCGCCUCGGCCAUUCAUGUCGACGUCGGUCAGGCUGAUGUGCCUGUGCGCGCUCUUCACCUUCUCCGUGUACACGCCGCAGAUUGUCGCCCACGUCAACCAAAUGCAGGGCUCGUUUGAUGCACCGAACGCUGGAUCGGGCCGGACUCUCCAGAGCUUUGAAGUCGACUCGGACCAGAUGGCGCGCAUGACCUCGUUCUUUUGGCUUGUCAUUCGCGGCAUCAUGUUUUCCCUGGCCAUCUUUGGUGGUUGGAUUACGGCAAUUGAGCCGUUCAGCUCUGUCACGCCCAACUCGCGUGUCUUUACUGUGGCACGCGAAGCGCGCAAAGCUGGUCGCAAGACGCUACUGCAACUGGGACAGCCGGCCAUCGCUGAAAGACACCUGCUGAGCGCCCUAAACCAUUUCGGCGCUCGACCGCCACCGGCCACCGAGUUUGGCCUCAUCUGCGGCAUCAUUAUCGAAGCCCUCAAGCAAGUGACGCACAUGCUCUUCUUUGGACAGUGGCUUGCUCGCUAUGCCGUGCGUCACUCUGGCUCUGCUGUGGUCACGGCCGAGGUUGCCAAAACAUACCUGCUGCUCAACCAGUUGCACUUUGCUGACGUACACGAUCUGCCGCUGGAGGCAUGGUACUAUGUCUUGCGCGCCAUCAACUUGGCCGAGUCUGUCGAACCGAGCCAGACCUUGAUCAAGGCUUAUGGCAAUCUCGCCUUCAUGUGCGGCUUCCGGAUGCCCAAGUCCUGGAUGGGCUUUGCCAUCCAGUACAUUGCCUUGCCCUACCACUUCCGCUCUGUGAGGAUUCACUCGGGCAUCAAGUGCUCGACGAAAACGAACGGCUACCUCCGCGUGUUGCGAGCCUGGGGCGACGUGGCCCUUGGCGACUUUUCGGCAGGCGACCGACGCCUUGGGCGCGCGGCUGCCAACUUUGAGCAGAGCGGACUGCCCAACAUGGCUUGGCAAAUCAAGGCAUUCCACGCGGUCAUGCACAUCAUGCAAGGUCGCUUUACGGUCGCGAAAAGGUUUUGCCAAGAGUCGCUCGUGUCCAAGGAGCCCGACCAGCAGCUGCAGCUGUGGUGGCGCAGCCUCCUGCAAUGCGUGGCCAGUGCUCAUGACGAGUCGUUCGACGCCUGGAAGGCCACCUUUGAGCAGCUCGUCUCAGAGGAAACCGAGGCGACCAAGCUCUCGUGGCGCGAGAGCGGUUUGCUUCGCAGCGUCUUGACAAACUCGCUGCUCGCCUGGAUGCACUUCCGACAGGGCGAGCACGACACGUCAGUCGAGUUUGCAAUCAAGGCGAUCGACUAUAUGCGCGGGACCAAGCCCAUCUCUGCCGGCGCCGCCUUCGUCGGGCACAGCCUCGUUGGCCAAGCGCUCUUGUCAAUGUGGGUGCGCUACGAGACUGCGCUGUCGGAGAAUGCUGCUCCAUCCAUUGGCGGUGGCAUCCUCCCCUCGCCGCGUGUCGACGAAACCGCUCCAGAGCGCACCGUUCCCAUCCCAGACCAGUUCAAGCGCAUCCAAGAUUUGACCGUGGCAAACAACGAGCUUGUCUGUAACAUUUCGAGAACAUUCCCUGGUGUCAAGCCUCUGGCAGACUACUUGGUUGGCCGGACGCACCGUGUUCGCGGACAAAACGACAAGGCCACGCGAAAGCUGCGAGACGCCUUGUAUUAUGCCGACCGAUUCGACAUGCCUUUCGACAAGGCGCUGAUCCAACUCGAGCUCGCGCAGCUUGAUCCGUCGUUGGAUGAGGGCAUUGCCUACGUGCAAUCCGCGCGCGAGCAGUUUGUUGAAGUUGGUGCGCUCUACGAAGUUCGACUUGCUGACGAGCUCCACGCCUCGCUUCGUCAACGGCAUCAGAAGGCUGGCCUGUAAAAUGACGCAUGAAUUUUUUUUUUUUUUUGAUGUUUGUGUGUGUGUGUGUGUGUGUUGUGUUUGCGUUUUGUUGGUGUCUGUUUUGUCUUAGGUGCAUGUUUUGAUUGCUUCCCUCUGCUUCAUUACCAAUUGUGAGAAUUGAAAGAGUCAUCAUAGUGAAAUAGACUACUAAUUGGUUGAAA